AGCUGUAUCACUUCCACCUCUAUCAAAGCCACAUCCUCCAGAACAAAGUCAAUCCCAAUCGCAUCUACUCCAGACUGCCAUCCCCGAUUUUCCGCGCUAAUGUCCUUCCAAGACCUGGGGACCUCCUUCCUGGGCGCCUUCCAAGCAUGCGUAUCCGUGCUGCUAACGCUCUCGUACGGCGUCGUCGCGCGCUACGCCGGCCUGGUCAGCGCCGCGUCCAUCAAGGACGUGUCCGCCCUGGGCAUUAAGCUGUUCUUCCCGGCCCUGAUGGUCGUCAAUCUUGGUUCGAACUUGCAUGCGUCCAGCAUCUUGAAUUAUAUUCCUAUUCUGGUCUGGAGCACGAUCGUGGUGUUCGUGUCGCUGGUCAUCGGGAAAAUCGGCGAGCGUGUCCUCCGCCUCCCUGCCUGGGUCACGGCCGCGUGCGCGUUCAACAACACCACCGCCCUACCCUUGCUGCUGAUCCAGUCGCUCGAGAGCACGGGCAGCCUCAAGCGUCUGCUCAAGGACGGCGACGAGGUCUCCGACGCUGUCGACCGCUCCCAGAGCUACCUGCUCAUCUGCGCCGUCGUCAGCAACCUGCUCACCUACAUCGUCGGCCCGAAGCUGCUCCAGCAGGCGGACAGCGCAGGUGAAGACGCCGACAACGAGUCGGGAGCCGAGGCUGACCGUGCCAACGAGGGGGAGAACGAAGCGGACGAGCACAGCCCGCUGCUCCUCCCGGCGUCCGUGCAUCGGGCGGGCGGGCGGCUGCGGUCGCGGUCGCGCGCUGCCUGUGCGCCGGUGCUCCGUCUGCUGCCGGACAAGGUUAAGGAGGAGGCGUUGUCGUUCGACACGCCGGUUGUGUGGAACAUGCUGCUCGGGCUGUUUCUAGGCGGGCUGCUGGGCCUGACGCCGCCGCUGCACCGGGCGUUCUUCAACAAGAGCGAGGACGGCGGCAUCUUCAACGCCUGGCUGGUGCUGAGCAUCAAGAACAUCGGCAAGCUGUUCACCACCCUGCAGCUGUUCAUCGUCGGUAGUAAGCUCGGCGUCAGCUUCCAGGAGAUCCAGCGCAGCGGGAAGAGCGGUCACGUCCCAUGGCGCGCCGUCGUGUUUGUCUUCCUCGUGCGGUUUGUGCUGUGGCCUGCGAUUAGCAUCUCGCUCGUGUACGUGCUCGCCGAUAAGACAAGCUUGCUGGGCGAUGACCCCAUCCUGUGGUUCAGCAUGAUGCUGAUGCCCACCGGCCCGCCGUCCCUGGUCAUCUCCGGGCUGGCGGAGCUGGCGAAUGUGUCUGAGGAGGAGAAGCUCACGGUCGUUAAAGCGUUGACGAGUCAAUAUGCUUUGUCGCCGUUCACCAGUUUCACGGUGGCGGGUGCGUUGCACGCGUCGGAGAAGAUUUUUGCUAGGUCGGCGAAGUAGAUGGUAUUCCGCGGAUAGGGGAUGCAUAGAU